UAUUCUCAAUAUCUGGAAUGUAAGCAAGAGAGUAGCCAUACCCUUCGGCAAGUUGGCGCGAACUUGAGACCAUUUCCCGCUCCCUUUGAAUACAUAGAGUGUAAUAUGAAUCCGAUCAUGGCAGGACGGCGUAGAAGGUAACGGCACUGGAGAUGCAGCAGCCCUAAUCCGAUUCUCAAUUAUGUUAAAAGGAAGAGAGAGCUUGGUCCGAUUGGUAGGCAAACGUAGACGCUUUCUUCCUAAUCGUCUUGCCAUUCUCGAGAGCACUUUGAAUCUCUGCUCUGAUGAUCAUUGCAAUCCCCUUCCCGUUGAGAAAAAUCUGGAUCCUUAUGAUGAUCGGGACAUUGAAAGCAGUAGCUCCCGGAAAUAUGUUACUUGCCCAGUUUGCAGUUGCAGAGUAAAUGGGGAAGACUCCACUAUCAACUCCCAUCUUGAUGAAUGCUUAUCUAGGGGAACAAAGCGGAAGUUGACUCAAAGCACUCUUCUUCAACUAAACUUCUAUUCCCGAUCCAAAGAUCAACCUCAAUCUCAUGUUCUGAAAUCAGAGAAAAAGGAGUCUUCUGUGGGUCCUGGUGAUGGUCUAAUGCCCAGUACUGUCCAUAAGUUGCCCAAAGAUGCAUCUUGUAUUGAAAAUGACGAAAUUAUAUGUGAAUCAUUAGUAGAAUGUGCAAUGCGGCCACAAAAGGACUGUUUAUUUGAUGCCCUAAAUCAUUGUGAAAGAACUAAUGGUGCUUCAGAAAUUUGCUGCUCUCCUAAGAAUAAAACAUCUGGGAUGCUUGUUGCCAGGGAUGAUUUAUCUGGGUUGAUUCUUCAAACUUUUAUUGUCGGUCGUAAGUUUAGUGAUGAAAAAGAGUUAAAUCUCGGGGAAAGAAUCUCUCUUGAAAGGGAUCCUACCAAUGUAAAGGAUCCCAAUGCCAUCAAGGUUAUUUCUGCAGAUUCUGAAUGUUGUAAGAUGCUUGGAUAUCUUCCACGCGAAUUAACCAAGUUUUUGUCUCCCCUAAUUGAGAAGUAUUGCCUGAGCUUCAAGAGGGAAAAAAUGUUUUUGGACUCCCAUAUCUUUCAGGGACUUGUGACAACUGCUCCCAGAAGUUCUGUUGACGUUGUACCCAUUGAGGUCAUGUGUGACAACAACAAAUUAUUUCAUGAAAAUAAUUUUGAUGAUGAGGAGUUCAAAAGUUUAUGGACAAGCAUUCAGAAAGCAAUUGAUUCAACGAAAAAUUUCACUCCUAAUGCUUUGAAAUAUCAGAAGAACUUUUCUGUUUUGAUACAAGAAGUAUUACAAAGUUAUUCCCAUUUAUUGUCCGGUGAUGAAAAACAUUUUCUAGAUGUAUUCAGUUCACUUUCAGAUGACAGUCAGAGGCUUUUUAUCCGUCUUUAUUUGCGGAAAGGACCAUGGUUUCGGAUGUCUUGUACUUCUUACAAAGAAGUAUUGGAUCCUAAAAGGGCAGCCGAGGAGCUCUCAGAAGCAGGUUAUCUAUGUUGCUUUGAUACAACUGAAGCUGAUAACACUGACAUGAUCCAGAUUUUGAAUAUUCUCACUGUCUCUGAGCUUCGUGAAGUUAUGCGCAUGCUUAAGAAGAAUUGCAAUAGCAGCAUGAGAAAGGAUGAUCUUGUUGCCUCUCUUUUGUCCGCUUAUGAAGAUGGGUCGUGUCCACUACUUCCAGAUCUAAUUCUGGGCAUAGCUGGUAUCUGCGCUAGGAUAUCAUCUAAAGCUGAGCUGCUUAUCUGGCGUGCUGAGAGGCUUUUCUUCCUCAAUGGAGAGCAGGAUUUGUCAGCCUUUCUGCUUGUUGAUAUGGGAGUAGUCAAGUAUCCUACCUACAGCUGCAUAGUCUCAGAUCAGAUUUUCUUGGAUCGAAAUGAUUUGCUUGCUUAUGAAGAGGCUAUGGAAGUUGCACAACUAAUUGAUCAAGCUCUGGAUGAGAAGGACGACAAAAUGAUUUUAAGAUGUGUAUCAGUUGCUGACUCUCAUGUGCAGCCAAACCAGUGCACUACCUCUGAAUCAGUUCCAUUCUUUUCAUGCUUUUCAGCAUCAUGGAUCUAUUCAAAAGUAGUGUCUCUUGGUGUUUCCUUUCUUGAGCGUGAGAAUAGGGCUAAAAAGGAACGUGUAUUUCUGAGUAGGUACAACGAUGCAGUGCUACUACUAAAGCGUUUGCUAAACUGUUACACUCGUGAUGGAAGAAGAGGAUAUUGGACCUUAAGGUUGUCAAUUGAUUUGGAGCAUUUGGGCUAUCCCAGUGAGAGCCUGUUAGUUGCUGAGCAUGGAUUGUUAGAUCCAUGGGUUCGAGCUGGUUCAAGAAUGGGAUUGCAAAGGCGCAUCCUUCGGUUAGGAAAACCACCACGGCGGUGGAAAAUCCCUAGUUUUGCUGAGUCUAUCAAUAGGAAAAUCACAGAGGUACGCAUCCAAGGGCGACCAUUGAACCGUGAAACAGGUAUGAAGAGCAGGUUUUAUGGAGAAAGUGGCGAACAAUGUUCAGUUGAGCAACUCGCCCUUGAGUAUUAUAGUGGGGAGGGAGGUGGAUGGCAAGGUGUUCAUUCCGAAAGUGGCAUUUGGUUAACCAUUUUUGGGCUUCUCUUGUGGGAUGUCAUAUUUUCCGAUGUCCCAAAUGUCUUCCGGACAAAAUUUCAGACUGCUCCCCUGGAUUUUGGAACAGAUAGCUUUUACAUAUUGAGACAGAACAGUAUAGAAUCUCAACUUCAGAAAAUUCAAGAUGGGAUGGGUGAGGAGAUCCUGAUUACGUCUUGGGAAUCACACAAGGGAACAUCAUGUAAUGGAGUUAACUGGGACCGACACUCACUAGCCGAGCUUCGGGCAGCUGUCACAUGUAUUGGUGGCCCUUGUAUGGCUUCACUAUGUCGGCAUCUUGCACAAGAUUAUCGAAGUUGGUCUAGUGGAAUGCCAGAUUUGUUGUUGUGGCGCUUUAAUAGUGAAUACAGUGGUGAAGCUAAACUCGUCGAAGUAAAAGGUCCCAAAGACAGACUCUCUGAACAGCAGCGGGCAUGGAUGUUACUUUUAAUGGAUUGUGGCUUCAUAACAGAAGUCUGCAAAAUCACCCCAUGCUAAAAUCAACUUAAAAGGUCAAUCAUCAACAGAAUAGGCAAAUCGAGCCUGUCUUCAAAGUUGAAACCAAAGCUACCUAAGAAACCAAUGGUACCUUGGUUGGGAAAUGUUACAAGGAUGACUGUCAUAACGCACGUAUUUAUAGGUUGAGAGAAUGACUUAAAUCUGUCGAUCAGUAGGCAUGAAUUCUGGGAAGAAAAAAUUGAAGAAACGAUCCUUGAAAAUCCCAAGUAAUGCAUUGAAAGAUACGAUUUGUGAAUAGACGAUGAAGUGGUUGUCACUUAAUGACAUGGAAGUGCUUUUUGGAUUGGUAGCUGAAAGGGUAAAACCUUGUGAAAAGUUUGUGAAAAGCUUUCAAGAGCUGCAACUGAAAUAACUAAGAAGUAGGGUUUUGGGUAAAUACUAAAUUAGUUCGCUUUGUAGGAAAAACGACACCAAGUAGGAGAAUUUGUUUGGGGGAUAAUAUAAUGUACUACAUUUGAUUUUACAUCAACUAAUUUUAUGAUUUUACAAUUGUUCACCCCUGAACAUUGACUUUCACCCUGCACUCUAGGCAUAAUAAAGCUCACAUUCUCUGUG